AUGACUUGCGGAGACAUCAUUAAAAUCAUCAUUGCCAUCAUCCUUCCACCAUUGGGAGUGUUCCUAGAGACCGGAUGUUCCGGCGCAUUCUUGUUGAACAUCCUUUUGACAAUUUUGGGAUACAUUCCAGGUAUAAUCCAUGCUGUUUACAUCAUCACGACUCGGUAG